GCAGGCGCAUGCGCACACCGGCGGAGCGAAUCAGUGGUGACUAGCUAGUUUCUUGUUACCGUUCAGUCAAUUUAGAUCUGACUGUUGUACACAGUUAUUGUUUAUUAACCGUGAGUCGUUUCUACCGAGCGGAAUUAACGUGACCGAGGCGUGAAAGAAUAUGCCCAAAAAUAAAGGAAAGGGAGGAAAGAAUCGUCGACGUGGAAAGAACGAGAAUGAGUCUGAGAAGGAGCUGGUGUUCAAAGAGGAUGGACAGGAAUAUGCUCAGGUGAUCAAAAUGCUGGGGAAUGGACGUCUGGAGGCCAUGUGCUUUGAUGGAACCAAGCGGCUUUGCCACAUCAGAGGAAAACUCCGGAAAAAGGUUUGGAUUAACACGUCAGACAUCAUCCUGGUGGGACUGAGAGAUUACCAGGACAACAAAGCUGAUGUCAUCCUCAAGUACAACGCAGACGAGGCUCGCAGUUUGAAAGCGUACGGAGAGCUGCCGGAGCACGCCAAAAUCAACGAGACAGACACCUUCGGGCCCGGAGACGAUGAUGAGAUCCAGUUUGAUGACAUUGGCGACGAUGACGAGGACAUUGAUGAUGUGAGCGUCUCGUUUUAUAAUUAUUACUAAUAAUUACUAGUGUUU